AUGAGGGCCAUCGCUAUCUUGUUGGCGAUAAUAAGUCAUGCAGUCGCCAAUCUGUUGAUGCCGGGCAUCUACACGGAAAUAGUUGAAAUUCAACCGGGAAAGGUAGUAUUUUCAUUCGUUUAGUGUGUCAAAUCCUUUUUUCGUUUCAGUACCAGUUGAUUGGAGUUCCGCAGGCGGCCCUCAACGGAACAAUGGUCCAGUUGGAGUUCAGAUGCGAUCCGGACGUCGACCUUGAGUUCGACGUUAGUUUAUUUGGAAACGUUUGUUUAUCAAUGAGUCAUGUGAAGCGCCGCUUCUAUGAAUGACAAAUUGUUGAAAUGUCCGCAAUCGUUGAUCGAUAUGGACUCAAAAAGUCACCCGAAGUUGUAAUUUUCAGACUGAAUUCGUCUUGCGUUCCUCUCCAUGCGACAAGGAGUUCUUCAACACGAAGGAAAACGAAAGACGGCAGAAUUUGGUUGGAUUGAUCCUUCAAAUCAGAAAAAGAUCAAUUGUGCGUUUAGGUGUUUUACUUCAACGAGACAAACCAGAACCAUAUCCCCGACACGUUCGACUACGACCAAAUCGUCUACUACAAAUCCCCGAUUCAAAGUAUCUCGUGCAAAGGAUCGCAUGGACGAUUCGUGUUUCCGAAUGCUCUUGCGCCGAUGGCCAUCAAGAAUGUGACUCCGGUUCAUGUGGAUCGAGUGAAGAGAGAUGCCGUCGGAAUGGGAGCGAUUCAUCCGGCACAGAACAUUCCACGGGAUGGUAUUUAUUACAUGAUCAUUAAGGUAAUUGACAAGAAAGAAUGAUCUUGAGACGCAUAUUUAUGCCUUCAGGUGGUUGGAAAGUCCUUCCCUUCUAGUCCAAGCGCGAAUACAAAUGUUACGAUUUCCGUGGAAUGGAAGGCACCGUAUGGGUUCCUGUCAGCAAUUGACUGGCCACUGCUCAGGUACACGCUUUCAUACAGGUGGAUGAAACUUAAAAAUGAAAAAUUCAGAUUCUAUAAAAUCAUGUGCGUAUUCUACUCGGCACUCGCUCUCAUUUGGGUGUACUACUGCAUAAAAUACUAUAGAGACAUUCUCCGCAUCCAGUAUUGGAUUGGUUUGAAAAGCACAAUAGGAUUGGCGGACAGAAAAUUCUCUUUCAGGAGCUGUAAUUGUAUUGGGAAUGGUUGAAAAGGCGUUUUUCCUUUCUGAAUAUGCUACAAUGAAUGACACGGGAUCGAGUAUAGAUGGAAUUCUGGAAGUGGCUGAAAUUGUAUCUUGUGCUAAGAAGACAAUGUCUCGUGUUCUUGUAAUUAUUGUGUGUGUCGGGUACGGAGUCGUAAAGCCGAGACUCGGUCAAACUCUGAACCAAGUAGCUGGUGUCGGACUUGUCUACUUCAUCUUCUGUUCAAUCGAAGGAAUCGCUCGAGUGUCAAAGGUAGAGCUUCCUGUCACCCACUCAUACACAGUCUUAUUUUUAGAACACGGUCGAGGCGACCAAGCAGAAACAGUUCGCCGCCUUGCCACUGGUACUCACUGAAAUGAUAAUCUUCUACUGGAUCUUCACUUCUCUGGCCUCCACGAUCCGUAUGCUCCGUUUGAAGAGAAACGACGUCAAACUGAGUGUCUACCGUCAUUUCGCCAACACCCUCGCCUUCUCAGUCAUUGCCUCUGUCAUCUUCAUGAUUUGGAGCAUGGCUUAUCACAUUUUCCCAACCUGCCGCGUUGACUGGAAGGAACUGUAAGUAAACUGAGUAACUGCCAGAAUAUCUGUCCAUUAAAUGCUUUUAGGUGGGUUGACACUGCUUUCUGGCACGUUCUCUUCUGCUUCAUUCUUGUUGUCAUCAUGGUUCUCUGGCGUCCGUCCCAAAACAAUCAGCGUUACGCAUUCACUCCACUUCUUGAUGAUAGUGAGGAUGAGAAUGACCAAGGUUUGUUAUUGUAACAUUACACAGCAUUAUAAGAAUGUAUAAUUUUUAGAGGAUGAAAUUUUCAACGCGUUCGUUCCGGGAUACGACAUUUUGACUGCUAGAAACUCAGGGUCUGGCGCUGAGACUCGCAAACUUCGUGAAGCCGAAAAGGAGCAAGAAAGGAAGGACGAGGCUAUCAAGGUCGGUUAAUUCAGAAAUAACAAUGUAGACUAUAAAGAGUUUUCAGGAGGAUCUCAAAUGGAUUGAGGAGAACAUUCCGACAACCCUGGCUGAUACACUUAUCGGAGGACUUGAUGAUAACGAGGAGUUCGAGUCGAAGCAGUUGGAAGUCAGCAAGAUGCUCUAA